CAAGAUAGUCAGCAACACCCUCAUUGAGAGAAAGAAUGUGUGUAUUAUGCUCUGCCAACGAAGAGUGACCGUAUAGCUUGGACUGGCAGGUGAUGGUUUCAAUUGCGUUCCUUCCAUCCUUCUAUCAGUCAUUGCCAUGGUAUAUAUAAUAUAUUUUUGUAGACAUACAUACAUAUAUAGACAUGUAUGUUCAUUCAUAGGAAUCGAAAUUGAAAUCUAAGAUCGGAAAUUGCUCGAUUCAAAGUGUCCAACACUGGGGAGCCUCUAUUUUCUUUGGUUUUUGUUUUUUUGCGCCACAAUCAUCAGAUUCAGAUGAACAAUCCACUGCCCAGUGAGAAAACCCUAGAAUUGUUGUUGCGGUCAUGUAUACUGAUAAUUUGAUAGGGUUCAUUCUUGCUGUUGCUUCUAGCGCCUUCAUCGGAUCCAGCUUCAUUAUCAAGAAGAAGGGUCUCCAGAGGGCUGGAGCUUCGGGCCCUCGUGCCAAUUCAGGAGGAUAUGGUUAUUUGCUGCAGCCACUUUGGUGGAUUGGCAUGGUCACUAUGAUUAUUGGAGAGUUAGCCAAUUUUAUUGCUUACAUUUAUGCUCCUGCUGUGCUUGUUACACCACUUGGAGCAUUAAGUAUAAUUGUUAGUGCUGUUCUUGCACACUUCUUAUUAAAGGAGAAAUUGCAAAAAAUGGGCAUACUAGGGUGUGUUUUGUGCGUAGUUGGGUCUACCGUGAUUGUACUUCAUGCACCAACUGAACACAGUAUAAGUUCAGUGGAAGAAAUCUGGGAAUUAGCAACACAACCAGCUUUUCUUUUGUAUGCGGCCUCAGCAGCAGCUGUGGUGUUGGUGCUAGUGUUGUACUGUGAACCACGCUAUGGGCAGACAAACAUAAUGGUUUAUGUUGGGAUAUGUUCAGUAAUUGGAUCUUUGACGGUUAUGAGUAUAAAAGCAAUAGGGAUUGCCAUAAAGCUCACAUUGGAGGGUUCAAGCCAGGUAGCACACUUCCAAACAUGGGUUUUCGCAAUGGUAGCACUUACGUGUAUAAUCACUCAGUUGAAUUACUUAAAUAAGGCUUUGGAUACUUUUAACACAGCAGUUGUUUCUCCAAUCUAUUAUGCUAUGUUCACAUCCCUCACAAUUUUUGCCAGUGCCAUAAUGUUCAAGGAUUGGUAUGGUCAGAGUGCUAGCAGUAUUGUAUCGGUGCUUUGUGGAUUCAUUACUGUGCUUUCAGGUACUAUGGUUCUUCACAGUACAAGAGAACCAGAUCCACUUCCUGUUACAGAUUAUUCAUCACUUUCUCCUCAAAUAUCCUGGCUUAUCCAUGCCAAUGGUGAAAUUUGGAAGCAAAAAGAUGACAAUGAUUUGCACUCUGAAUUUAUUGGAAUAAUUCGGCAAGAUCAUUUCAAGUAAAGCCAAUAUGUCUUGGAUAUCGGUCUCUCAAAAGCAGCCCAAUGCAGGUUCUACGAACUGGUGCAUAAAAGCUACAUAUGAAGUACACCAACGGUAAUAUUGACUGGUGUUAUCAGUUUUCAGAUCCGUUUUGGUUCAUCAAUUUAAACAGGUUAAGAGGGUCAAUGGUCGAUUGUGCAUGCCAGAUUUUGUAAUGGUAAUGGUUUUUGUUUCUCCCCCCCUUUUUGAGAGUUAAAUUGUUUAGCUUUGUUCUUUGCUAUCGGGUUUAAUCAGAACUAGUUAGUUGUUUAAUUUUUCUAAUUUAUUCUUUUGUUUUUGCCAUUACUUUGUUAUCAUAGGUUCAUCUGUAUUAUUUUGUACAAGUCAGGCCAUGGGCACGGGGACUGUAAGAAUUGUCAGACCCUUUGCUUUUCUGUGAAGAGCAUUGUGUUUUUAUUUUUAAAUCAAAUAACUUUCGCUUGUUUUGCAGCGCUUAAAAGUGCUUACCGUCA